GCCCCUCGCGGCGGCGCAGCACCACCUGCAGAGGCCUAGCCCCCGGAUCCAGGCGGGAUCCAGGCCACACCUUGGCGCGGGAGGCGAGCCAGCCCCCAGGCAGGUCCUUGCAGGGUGACUCGGGCCAAUCAGCGCGACCAUGGACAAGGUGGAGCAGCAGCCUAUUGAACCGAUCGAGAGAAGAAGAGGUGGAGCAGCAGCUGUCCAAGCAGCAAAUCAAGGACAAAGAUGGCGACGGUAUGCCUGCGUUCGCUGGGGCAGAUCUCGACAGAGGAGGAGCUGACCCUCCUGACGCGCCAUAUGCAUGAGGCCAGCAGCGCCGACGAGGAAGAGCUCCGCGAGGCCUUCCGCAUCUCCGACCAGGACCAGAGCGGCUUCAUCUCCCACGAUGAGAUUCGCCACGUCCUCCAGAACCUCGGCGAGCGCCUCUCCGGCCUCGAGCACUGCCACCUCAACUCCACCUGCUCCAGCUCGCUCACUGCUGAGGCGGCCGAGUCAGGAUCAGCCGCGUGUUAGACGACCUACAGAUUAGUGCGACGAACCUGACGUCCUCACAGGAUUUGCUAGCCGAGGUGGAGGGAGAGGUUGAGGUGACUUGUUGAGUCAAUUUGGAGAGGCUGUUGGUUCCACUAUCCUUUGACAGUUUUUAUAUUUUUAUCUAGUCUUUUAUCUCUUCAUUUAAUUAGGAUUUUUAGUUAGUUUUUUGGAGAUGCUCUAACCCAAACAAAGGAUUGCUGGAACCGAAGUAGCGAACUAGGUCCUCCGUCGAUCUGACCCACCUUCAUUUUUAGCUUCUUCUAAUUUGGAUUGAUCUGAUCUUCACAGCAGG